CCAUCUUCUCACUCUCGCACACUCUGCCCACUGUUUCUGUUUCUCUCCUAACAUGGUCGACCCUCCACAUUCAUCUUCAUCACUCUGAUCCUCAUUUCAAUUCCGACCCAUUAUCUCAAUCAUCAUCCCCAUCAAUAAAAACUCUGCUUUUUCCAACUUCACUGCUUAAUUCUCAACUGGGUCGGUGGAGUUUUUUUCUGGGGUGUGUUUGAAAACUGGUUUUGAAAGCAAAGGUUUGAGGUUUUGUCGUAGUGUGAGUGAUUGUUUCGUUUUUGUUUCUGGUUUUUUUGGUUGUUGUGUUCACUGAGUUUUGAGUUUUGAGUGGAGUUUUGUGUAAUCUAAUGGUUAGUGAUAGCUACUCGUCGAAGAAGAUGUCUGAUGUGGCGAUUCGAUCGAUGAUGAAGAACGGUGAUUUCGGCGAGGAUUUGGCGGCGCUGAGGCGGCAGCAGGUGGAGGCGAAUGAGAGGGAGAGAGAACUCGCGAUGCUGCGAAGUGGGUCGGCGCCUCCUACGGUGGAUGGUUCGUUGACGGCGGUUGGAGGGCUGUACGGUGGUUCUGGUGGCGGCGGAAGGUAUUUUGGGAAUGAGGAUGAGAUUCGUGCUGAUCCGGGGUAUGCUGAUUAUUACUACUCGAGCGCGAAUCUGAACCCGCGGUUGCCGCCGCCUCUGGUGUCGAAGGAGGAUUGGCGGUUCGCGCAGCAGAUGAAGGGUGGCUCGAAGGUUGGAGGGAUCGGGGAUCGGAGGACAUUGAGUGGAAGGGUGUAUGAUGAUGGUGGUAAUGGAGACAUGUCACUGUUUUCUAUGCAGCAGCGUGCUGGGUUUAAUAAGGAUGAUGGUGGUUUGAAGCAGCAGCAGCGGAGGAGCGCCGCCGAGUGGGCCGGCGGCAACGAUGGCUUGAUCGGCUUGCCGGCAUUGGGGCUUGGAAGGAGGCAGAGGAGCAUUGCAGAGGUAUGUCAGCAGGGCGAGAUGAAUGGUGCAACAUCGGCCUCCCAGCAGCCACAUCAUCUGCCUGUCGGUAAUGUGUUUGAUGAUAUUCCUGGAAAAUCGGAGUCCCAUUAUGCUUAUCUGCAGCAAGAAUUGGAUGCUUUGCAGUCCGGUGGAAAUAAGCGGGGCAUAUCCGGUGCCCAAAAUCUUUUCGGUUCAGCAUCUCAAUCUUAUGCUUCUGCUUUAGGAGCCUCGCUGUCGAGGAGCAGCACCCCUGACACUCAACUUCUACCUAGAGCUGCUAGUCCUUGCCUUCCACCAAUUGGGGAUGGGAGGUCCGGCUCCGUAGAUAAAAGAAGUUCCAAUGGCCAAAACUCAUUUAAUGGCAUCUCAUCUAAUUUAAAUGAGCCUUCUGAUUUGGUAUCUGCUUUGGCUGGCAUGAAUCUGUCCCAAAAUGAUGUAAUAGAUGAUGAGAAACAUCCCCAGUCACCGAGGCACAAUGAAUCUGACUAUACUCAUGAUGUUAAACAGCAUGCAUACUUAAACAGGUCUGAUUCUUUGCCUUUUCAGCGUUCUGCUGCUACCCAACCCUAUUUAAAAGCUAGUAGAAGUAGCGGUUUUGGAUUGGAUCUGAAUAACUCAUCGUUGUAUGCAAACGAACUGCUAGAAUCUCAUAGGGUUGGUGGAGUUUCUGUUAACUCACACUUGAAAGGACCUUCUACACCAAAUUUUACUAGCAGAGGUAAUUCAGCUGCUCACUAUCCGAAUCUUGAUGACUUGAGUAUUCCGUAUGCUAACUAUGGCAUGGCUGGGUACGCCAACAAUCCGUCAUCACCAUCCAUGAUGGCAGGCCAGCUUGGGAACGGUAACUUGCCUCAUUUCUAUGAACAUGCUGCUGCUUUGCCCGCACUAGGAGUGAAUGCCAUGGACUCUAGAGCCUUGGGAAGAGGUGCAACUUUAGGACCUUUGAUGGCUGCGUCGGAGUUACAGAAUGCGAGAGGGUUUGGAAGUCAUGGAGCAGGUAGCACUCAUCAGAUGCCCUUGAUGGAUCCUUUGUAUCUUCAAUACCUGAGAUCAGGGGAAGUUUCUUCUGCACAGCUUGCAGCCCUAAAUGAAUCGGCAAUAAAUAGGGAAUACUUGAAUGCUUCAUUUAGAGAUUUAGCUAGCCUCCAGAAAGCUUAUUUGGAGUCUUUAAUUGUCCCCCAAAAAUCGCACUUUGGUGCCCCCUACCUUGGUAAGUCAGCCAGCUUGAGCCCUAAUUCUGGCAGAAAUCCAUCAUAUGGUCUCGGUAUGACAUAUCCAGGAAGUCCACUGGCUGGUUCUGUUUACCCAAACUCCUUCUAUGGACCCAGUAGUCCUAUGAGCCAAAGUGAACGGAAUAUGCGGUUGUCUGGAAUGAGGAAUGUGGCUGGCAGUGUCAUGGGAGCUUGGCAAGCGAACACUGUUGGAAGUUUGGAUGAGAAUUUUCCAUCUUCCUUGCUCGAUGAGUUCAAAAGCAACAAAACCAAAUGCUUUGAACUUGCAGAAAUUGCUGGCCAUGUUGUUGACUUCAGUUCUGACCAGUAUGGAAGCCGUUUUAUCCAACAGAAACUUGAGACAGCCACAAUGGACGAGAAAAAUAUGGUUUUCCAUGAAAUCAUGCCACAGGCUCUUUCUCUGAUGACUGAUGUCUUUGGUAAUUAUGUGAUUCAGAAGUUUUUUGAGCAUGGAACGCCGGCGCAGAUAAGAGAACUGGCUGACCAACUUACCAGUCAUGUGCUGACCCUAAGUCUUCAAAUGUAUGGCUGCCGAGUUAUCCAGAAGGCAAUAGAAGUUGUUGGUUUAGAUCAGCAGACUCAAAUGGUUGCAGAACUGGAUGGUCAUAUCAUGCGUUGUGUUCGUGAUCAAAAUGGGAACCAUGUCAUCCAGAAGUGUAUUGAAUGUGUACCUGAGGAUUCAAUCCAAUUCAUUGUGUCGACUUUUUAUGACCAAGUUGUGACACUGUCAACUCAUCCAUAUGGUUGCCGAGUUAUACAGAGAGUCUUGGAGUACUGCCAUGAUCCCAAAACGCAGCAGAUUAUGAUGGAUGAGAUUUUGCAGUCUGUCUGCAUGUUAGCACAAGACCAAUAUGGGAAUUAUGUUGUACAGCAUGUGCUGGAGCAUGGCAAGCCACAUGAGCGUUCGGCUAUAAUAAAAGAAUUAACUGGGCAAAUAGUGCAGAUGAGCCAGCAGAAGUUUGCCUCCAAUGUCAUAGAGAAGUGUCUAUCAUUUGGAACACCUGCAGAGCGUCAAUUCCUUGUAAAUGAGAUGCUUGGUUCUACUGAUGAAAAUGAGCCCCUACAGGCUAUGAUGAAGGAUCAGUUUGCAAAUUAUGUUGUACAGAAAGUGUUGGAAACCUGUGAUGACCAGCAGCUGGAGCUAAUCCUUAAUCGAAUUAAGGUUCACCUGAAUGCCUUGAAGAAGUAUACUUAUGGGAAGCACAUUGUUGCUCGUGUAGAGAAAUUGGUUGCUGCUGGAGAGAGGAGGAUUAGCUUUCUGACCCUAAAUCCUGCACAGGUGGUAUAGGAAAUGAAGUUAUGUACAGCUAACUGAGGGUAAUAAGCAACUGCUUGCUUUUUCUUCUCUCCUUGAUUGGAAUUAAUUAAUAAAUUGUUAGUUGUACUUGAAACUGUACAUUUGUUAGUUUGAGGAUAUACCUAGAAUCAGUUUAGCUGAGGAGGCGAAGGCUCAGGUUCAGUCGGUAAAUUAUGCCUGAUGCGCUUGCGGCAUAGAUAUAUUUAUGAGCUAGUUUUAAUGUUGUACAGAGAGGUCUUGACUGUACAAAUUUCCCUAGGUUGGUUAUGGGAGCACUUGUAUUCCGGAUGCAAACAUGUUUUUGAGGAUUUUCUUUAUGAGGAUGCUCUUUGGAUAA